AGUGAUGGAAACGCAAGUUUCCUGCGUGCGGCACGGAGUGGUAACCUGGAGAAGGUGCUGGAAUACUUAAAAGGAAGCACCGACAUCAACACAAGCAACGCUAAUGGCCUGAACGCCCUUCACCUCGCCUCGAAGGAGGGUCACGUGAACGUUGUCACGGAGCUGCUGAAACGCGGAGCCAACGUCAACGCCGCCACCAAGAAGGGUAACACUGCGCUGCACAUAGCCUCUCUCGCCGGACAGGAGGAGGUCGUGAAGAUCCUCUCGCAGAACGGGGCGUCGGUGAACGUGCAAUCUCAGAAUGGCUUCACGCCUCUCUACAUGGCCUCGCAGGAGAACCACGACAAGGUGUGCAAGUUCCUGCUCGCCAACCAGGCCAACCAGAGCCUCACGACCGAG